CCCAAGCAGAAGACUACCCAUUCAUUCCAUUUAGACACUGGGAAUACCGAGAGCUAAUAAUCAAGAUGCCUCCUAGGAAGUGGAUUGACAAGAAAACCGCUACGACAUAUCAGCUCUUCCACCGAUCCCAAAAUGACCCUUUGAUCCACGAUCCAACCGCAGAUGAUCGUGUUUUGUACCAGGUCUCCGGACCAGCACCUAGCUCCGCAUCAACCUCCUCCAAAGGAGCACCCAGAAAGCUAACAGAUCUCGAGAGAGAGUUCGGUUCGGAGACUAUCCGCAAGAAUGAGGGUGAGGCGGCCAAUUACGGUAUCUUCUAUGAUGAUACGGAAUAUGAUUACAUGCAGCAUUUGCGGGAGCUGGGCACUGGUGGAGGUGAUUCGCAUUUCGUCGAGGCGAAUCCCACUAAAGGGAAGGGGAAGGCCGGUGCUAAGGGCAUGAAGCUGGAAGAUGCGUUGAGGGAAGUUACUCUGAAUGAUGCCAGGAGCGAAUUUGGAGGGUCGAGAGUCGGCAGUGUUUAUGGUUAUGGCUCGGAUAUGCGGUCGACGGCAUCUUCGUAUGUCAGGAAACCAACGUAUCAAGAUCAGCAGGAUGUUCCCGAUGACAUUGCAGGAUUCAAACCGGAUAUGGAUCCUCGGCUUCGUGAGGUGCUGGAAGCGCUCGAUGAUGAGGCAUAUGUCGACGAUGACGAUGACGAGGACGUCUUUGGGAAACUGACCUCUAGCGCGGAAGAGGUGGAGCCAGGCGAAUGGGAGGAUAGUCUAUUUGAUAAUGAGGAUGAGGACGACGAGGGAUGGGAAUCAGAUGCUACGGAGAAAGCACCCGUUUACCAAAAAGACACUACUACCACCAAAGACAACAAUGACAAGACCUCAUCUCAAGAAACCAGCAGACAGCCAGGAGAAUUACCGGGGGAACAUGAGCCAGUUCCGGACCUCAACCCAGAAGACCAAGGGUGGAUGCGCGAAUUCGCCAAAUUCAAAAAGGACAUCAAAUCCAAUGCUGCAGCACCCCCCGCGGCCGCCGCCCCAUCUGUUACCCAGCGCACCACCGCAUCCACCAUGUUCACUGCAGGCGGCACUCCCAUCCGCCGCAAGAAGCGCAAGGGCGCCCUAACGAACCCCUCCGCCUAUUCAAUGACAUCUUCCGCACUCGCCCGUACCGAGGGUCACCGACUCCUCGAUGACCGCUUCGACAGAGUCGAGGCCCUCUACGCCCUCGACGAGGAAGGCGAGGAAGAAUUCGAUGACGCCAGCUUCGCCGAAGGCAUGUCCACCGUUAGUGGGAUGACUGGUUUUUCUCUCGCCUCAUCUCAGGCUCCCAGCCUUGUCUCCGCGGGUGGGGGUCCAGUGUCUCUCCGCAGCGACUUCAAUCAGGUGAUGGAUGACUUCCUCGAUGGAUGGGACGGUAAGACAAGUGCCCAGGCAAAGAGGAAAGGUGCCAAGGCGAAGAGAGGGAAGAAUGGAAACGAGGUGAUUGGGAUGCGCAUGCUCGACGAGAUUAGACAGGGUCUCGGCCCUGCGAAGCUACCAUCUAGGGGGGUUCCUGGGAAGGCCUGAUGAGAAAUUUUUAUGUCGUUACGGGAGUUUCGGGUUUGAAUUGGGUUCUUCCUUUUAUACAAUAGAUUCAUUUGAAAAGAUUGUCCAUCCGAAUGAUACCAUUGCUCUCUUGAGGAAAGAAUGAAUACCGAAUGCCUAU